CCCUCGUCUGUUCCAUUGCAUCAGUCUUUUCACAUGGUGGAUUUUUACUGAUCGAAAAAUCCGAAAAAGUCUUCAAAAUGCCGAUCGGUUGUAGGUUUUACAAGCAUAUCUAUCCCGAAGUGGAUGAUGUGGUGAUGGUAAAUGUCCGUAGUAUAGCUGAGAUGGGUGCUUAUGUCAAUCUGUUGGAGUAUAACAACAUUGAAGGGAUGAUCUUGCUCAGUGAACUCUCAAGAAGACGAAUUCGUUCCAUUAAUAAGCUUAUUAGAGUCGGUAGGAACGAGUGUGUGGUUGUUAUCCGUGUGGAUAAAGAUAAAGGCUACAUAGAUUUAUCAAAAAGACGUGUUUCCCCAGAAGAAGUAAAGAAGUGCGAAGAAAAGUUUACAAAAGCUAAAACGGUAUACAGUAUUUUAAGACAUUGUUCAGAAAUCCUGGGAUAUGAAUCAGAUGAUCAACUUGAAGAGCUCUACGAGAAGACAGCUUGGUACUUUGACCAAAAAUACAAAACCCCUGGCAGCUCAUAUGAUGCUUUUAAACUCGCUGUAGCAGAUCCCGCAGUUUUAGAUGAAUUGGAUCUUGAUGAAAAGACCAAAGAAACUCUUCUUGCAAACAUCAAGAGAAGACUAACACCACAAGCUGUGAAGAUUCGUGCCGACCUGGAGGUGGCUUGUUAUGGUUAUGAGGGAAUCGAUGCUGUAAAACAAGCAUUAAGGAAGGGACUUGAUUGCUCCACCGAAGAAAUACCAAUCAAGGUAAACCUUAUAGCUGCACCUCUCUAUGUAAUCACAACUACAACCCUGGACCAUGAGGAAGGACUGAAAAGCCUCGUACAAGCAGUAGACGCAAUAAAAACCUCAAUAAAGAAGUCAGGAGGAGAGUUUACUGAGAAAGCUCCACCUAAAGUAGUGACAGAAACAGAUGAAAUAGAGUUGGCAAAACAAAUGGAAAGGCUUGAGAAGGAGAAUGCAGAAGUUGAUGGCGAUGAUGACAAUCCUGAUGAUGAAGAGAUUAUGGACGACAUGUAAACCAUGCUACAAGGGAAAAUGUCAAAUGUACAAGAACAAUAUCUGAAUAACAAAAAUCUUACAUGAAAAUCUAUUAAAGCCUUAUAUACUUGUCUUAUGCACCCAUGUCGAACUUUGGCCGAGUUGACCUUCCAAAGAAAAACAAGGUCAACUAAUAAGAUUUGAGAGUUAAGCUUUUGACCAGCAUUAUGUAUUGGAAUGAAUUUGGACAAGCUGACACUAAUGUUGAAUGGACAUUAUAAAUCCUUUUGAAGUGUUUUGAAACUGGUUAGAAUGUCUGGUUAUUUGAUGGUGUACUAUGCAACAAGGGCACAUGCAGGGUUUUAAAUAAGGGGGUCACUCCCCAUUCAACAUAUCCAUCCCUCCAAAAACAUAAAUGCUAUAAAUAAUCUACCUUUGGGAAAGGGUGCUGCAGGAACCCCCCUGGUUCUGUUCAUGCUUCUUCUGCAGUUUGGUGUAACUGGUACAGUUGUUGCAUUUAACAGUCUUAAAGGAUGCUAAAAUUUCUAACAACAAUCCAACCAUGACUACAUGAAUACCAUAUUUAAGAGCAGCAGUACUUUUAUUAGUACUUGACUAGAAUAAAAUUUUUGAUUUGAAAAAUCUGAAAACCUUUAGAGUAUUUUACUUUCUUGUGAGACAAAAACAAUAGUGAUUAAUGUUUUAGAGAAAACAAAACAAGGCAAUAAUUUGGUGUCUACUACAAUCUAUAGGCUACUAACUGCUUCACAGGGAAAGUAAAAUCUCAUAUUCCCUACCACUAAUAAUUUAUUUAACAAAUUAUAUUAUUGGUAUAUUUUCGAUUAUCAGGCUCGUCACUGUUAGGAAUGUCAGCUGGUAAAAGUGGUUUAGUGAACAGCAAAGUACAUAAAUAUUGUAAAGUAUGAAUUGUUGCAUAUUCUCAAUACAGUUUUACUAGUCUCAGAA